UCAUUCUUAUCUCACUCAACAAACAAAACAAAACAAAGAGUCCAACUAUAAAAAAACACAAAAACUUGAAACGUAUCUCCAUUUUUUGUCCUACUUAAAUCCCUUCACUCAAAUCUUGAAAAACCCCUUCACUCCAUUUUUCUCAAUCUUGAAAAACCCCUUAAACCCUCCCAAAACCCCAUUUUUCUCUACUUCACACUAUGCAAGCAAAUUUGCUAUCUACACCUAUAUACCCCACCCCUACCCCCACCCCCACCACCACCCCAACCACCAACCUUUUCCCAAAAUGUAGGCCCCACUCAAGAAAACUCACCAUCCGUGCCGUCGCCACGUCAUCAGAUACAUCACCACCCCAACCAUCACAAAAACUCAACAAAUACAGUAGUAGAAUAACUGAACCAAAAUCUCAAGGUGGGUCUCAAGCAAUACUAUAUGGUGUAGGAUUAUCAGAUGAUGAUAUGAACAAACCCCAAAUAGGGAUAUCAUCAGUUUGGUAUGAAGGGAAUACUUGUAAUAUGCAUUUGUUGAAACUUGCUGAAGCUGUUAAAGAAGGGGUUCAAGAAGCUGAUAUGGUUGGAUUCAGGUUUAAUACUAUUGGUGUUAGUGAUGCUAUUUCUAUGGGGACUAGAGGCAUGUGUUUUAGUUUGCAGUCAAGAGAUUUGAUUGCUGAUAGUAUUGAAACUGUUAUGUCUGCUCAAUGGUAUGAUGGAAAUAUUGCUAUUCCUGGAUGUGACAAAAAUAUGCCAGGCACAAUUAUGGCAAUGGGAAGACUAAACAGACCAAGUAUCAUGAUAUAUGGUGGCACCAUUAAGCCUGGUCAUUUUCAAGGGCAUACAUUCGACAUAGUAUCGGCGUUCCAGGUGUAUGGAGAGUAUGUUAGUGGUGGUAUCAGUGAUGAAGAAAGGAUGAAUGUAGUUCGUAAUUCAUGUCCGGGUGCGGGGGCUUGUGGUGGAAUGUAUACAGCAAACACCAUGGCAUCGGCUAUUGAGGCAAUGGGAAUGUCGCUCCCUUACAGCUCUUCCACACCAGCUGAAGACCCACUGAAAAUGGAUGAGUGCCGCCUAGCGGGAAAAUAUCUUUUGGAAUUGUUGAAGAUGGACUUGAAACCUCGAGAUAUCAUCACAAAAAGUUCACUUCGAAAUGCAAUGGUGAUAGUCAUGGCACUUGGUGGAUCUACAAAUGCUGUACUACAUUUAAUUGCUAUUGCAAGGUCUGUUGGCUUGGAAUUAACUCUAGAUGACUUCCAAAAGGUCAGCGAUGAGGUUCCUUUCCUUGCAGAUCUGAAACCUAGUGGAAAAUAUGUUAUGGAGGAUGUGCACAAGAUUGGAGGUACACCUGCAGUCAUCCGCCACCUAUUAGAGCUUGGGUAUUUGGAUGGGGACUGUAUGACUGUCACGGGAAAGACCAUGGCUGAAAAUGCAAAGCUAUUUCCUUCUUUAGCUGAAGGUCAGCAAAUUAUAAGACCAUUGUCAAACCCCAUCAAAGAAACAGCCCAUAUUCAGAUAUUAUAUGGAAAUCUUGCACCAGAGGGUAGCGUGGCAAAGAUCACUGGAAAAGAAGGAAUGUACUUUAAAGGCCCCGCCCUAGUGUUUGAAGGAGAGGAAGCUAUGCUUGCGGCUAUCUCAGAAGAUCCUUUGAGUUUUAAGGGAACAGUUGUAGUCAUUAGAGGAGAGGGGCCUAAGGGAGGACCAGGAAUGCCCGAAAUGCUAACACCCACAAGCGCAAUUAUGGGUGCAGGUCUUGGAAAGGAUGUUGCAUUACUUACUGAUGGAAGAUUUUCUGGAGGUUCUCAUGGAUAUGUUGUUGGGCAUAUAUGUCCUGAGGCACAGGAAGGAGGUCCAAUUGGUCUUGUUCAAAAUGGAGACGUAAUAACAAUUGACAUAUCCAAGAAGAAAAUGGACGUUCAGUUAUCAGACGAGGAGUUUGAGCAGCGUAGAAAGAGUUGGACUCCCCCUGUAUAUAAAGCCGACCGAGGAGUUCUCUACAAGUAUAUCAAAAAUGUGCAAUCUGCUUCCAAGGGAUGUGUUACUGAUGAAUAGACAAGAGAAGCAAUUUUUAUGAAAGCAUAGAGUGAAUCUGGGAAAAUUCCUGAUUUGUAGAUUUUGCAUGAAGCUGCAAUACGGGCAUUUUCGCGGCUCUUAGCAUAUUAAUGUUAGGUUUAUCCUAUUUAUGUUUUCAGAUGUAACUCAUAUAAAUUGGUUCGUUUGAAGUUGAGGGAGCAUUAUUUUUUUCGUCUACUUUGUAAGUCUGGAUCCUUUAACUUGUUGAUUAGUAGUCAUUUAAAUAGUAUAAUGCUGCAUGUUUUAUUUUGUGA